UGGUGCUAAGGGGUGUACUGCGCCUUUAAGAACACAGAGUGGAAACGCUGUGUCUGGUAGUGUUGUCUUGCUGUUGGAAGCGGGCCAUCAAUCUUCCACUGUAUAUUUUCAGUCAGGGGCUGCAAAAAAGAAGGAAACCAAAGCAACAACACCACAAAACCCAGCAUGAUCACAAAGUUAGAUUGGGCGAGUGAGUGAGAGAAAGAGAGCGAGAGAGAGAGAGGUAGAGAGAGAGAAAGAGCGACUGGGGGAGCUCAAGAGAGAGAGAGAAGCACGGCACAGCACAGGCAGGCAUUUUAGAAGAGGAAGGAGAAGAGGAGAAACGGAGAAAACGUUAAUCUGUGGAUUACUGUCACAAGAGAAUACUGCGGGUGCCGAGAAAUCUUGAUAUAGGACAAUCGUGGUGGCCGCUUGUUUAUGGAGCUUUGUUAACUUUGCAAAAUGAGGACUCCUUGUCGGAUUUAGUAAGACUGAACGCAGAGCAAUAAUGAGCAGCUUGUAAAUCACCGUUAAAGGGACCACCACAAUGUCCAGACCUACACAGCCUGUGCCCCAGAACAGGAGGCCGGUGGACAGCCGUCCCCUCUCCAGUCCCCUGCACAUCCCCAUGCAGCUAGCCAGGGCUCGCACGGAUGUAGGAAUUGCGGAUUACCAUCAUCAUUCUAGAGACUACAAUUCUCACAUGUCUCAUGGGGCAAUGUCCCAGCCUUAUAGAAGAAGACCAUCUUUGUUGUCAGAAUUUCAGCCAGGAAAUGAAAGAGGUCAAGACCAGCACCUGAGGUACGAACAGAUUGGAUACAUUACUGAGUCAAACAACCAAUCAGAAGCUGAGUAUGCCGAGGCCAAGCGGCCAAGGUUGGAGCUGGCGGCAGAGUCCAUGAUGCGACACCCUGCCCACCUGUCCUCUUCCCAGCUCGGGGGAGCGGAAGAUGUGUCAAAGGAGCGUGGCGGUGGGAUAGGUAAACUGGAGCCCGUCUCCCCGGUAAGCCCUGCCCAGCUGGAGGGGGAGCUGGACCUGGUACCAGCCCGCUUCUCCAAGGAGGAACUGAUCCAGAACAUGGACAGAGUGGACCGCGAGAUCACUAUGGUGGAGCAGCAGAUCUCCAAACUCAGGAAGAAGCAGCAACAGUUUGAAGAGGAAGUGGCCAAACCCCAAGAACCUGAGCAGCCAAUUUCUCCCCCGCCAGGUGAAGCCAAGCAUCGCAGUCUGGUGCAGAUCAUUUACGACGAAAACAGGAAAAAAGCAGAGGAGGCCCACAGGAUCUUGGAGGGACUCGGUCCACGCGUGGAGCUGCCUCUGUACAACCAGCCUUCAGACACCAAGCAAUACCAUGAAAAUAUAAAAAUAAACCAGGCAAUGCGGAAGAAGCUAAUUUUGUACUUCAAGAGGAGAAACCAUGCUCGUAAACAGUGGGAACAGAAGUUCUGCCAGCGCUACGACCAGCUGAUGGAAGCCUGGGAAAAGAAAGUGGAUCGCAUCGAGAAUAACCCGCGGCGGCGCGCCAAGGACAGCAAAGUGCGCGAGUACUACGAGAAACAGUUCCCUGAGAUCCGCAAGCAGAGAGAACUGCAGGAGCGCAUGCAGAGCAGGGUCGGACAGAGGAGUGGAGGCCUCUCGACAUCGGCGGCGCGGAGCGAACACGAGGUGUCCGAGAUCAUUGAUGGCAUUUCAGAACAGGAGAACUCGGAGAAGCAGAUGCGUCAUCUGGCCGUGAUCCCACCCAUGCUAUUUGACGCAGAGCAGCAGCGAAUCAAAUUCAUCAACAUGAACGGCCUCAUGGACGACCCCAUGAAGGUGUACAAGGACAGACAGGUCAUGAACGUGUGGAGCGAGCAGGAGAAGGAGACCUUUCGAGAGAAGUUCAUCCAGCACCCGAAGAACUUCAGCUUGAUCGCUUCGUUCCUGGAGAGAAAGACUGUGGCGGACUGUGUCCUGUUUUACUAUAUUACCAAGAAAAAUGAAAAUUACAAAAACAUCGUGAGAAGAAACUAUCGCCGCCGCGGAAGGAGCCAGCAGCAGCAGCAGCAGCAGCAACAGCAGCAACAGCAGCAACAGCCGCAGCAACAGCAAGUGAGCCGCAGCAGCCAGGAAGAGAAGGAUGAGAAAGAGAAAGAGGGAGAGAAGGAGGAGGAGAAAGCAGAGCUAGACAACGAUAAGGAUGACCCUCUGAAGGACAGAAGCGGGGACACCUCGGGAGAGGAAGGGGAAGACAAGGAGCCCACUGUCGCUUUCAAGGGCCGCCGGACCGCCAACAGCCAAGGGCGGCGCAAGGGGCGCAUCACUCGCUCAAUGGCCAAUGAGAACGAGGAGGCCUCCGCGCCACAGCUCAGCAACGAACUUGCUAAUCUGGAGAUGAAUGAAAGCUCUCGCUGGACAGAGGAGGAAAUGGAUACCGCCAAAAAAGGCCUUCUUCAGCAUGGCAGAAAUUGGUCUGCUAUUGCCAAAAUGGUGGGCUCCAAAACUGUGUCCCAGUGCAAGAACUUCUACUUUAACUACAAGAAGAGGCAGAAACUGGAUGAAAUUCUGCAGCAACACAAAAUGAAAGUGGAGAAGGAGCGCAACGGCCGACGGAAGAAGAAGAACGCAGCGGCGGUGCAGAGCGAGGAGGCCAGCGCCCCGUCUGCAGCAGAGGAGGAGGAGAUGGAGGGGUCGGGGGCCAGCGGCAACGAGGAGGAGAUGGCCGAGGACGCAGAGGGUGCAGCCAAUAACAGCUCAGACACAGAAAGCCUCCCAUCUCCCAGAUCUUCAGAGGAAAGCAAAACCAAAGACAACAGCAAUGAAGGUAACAGGCCCAAGUCAACUCCUGGAACUGGAGUAGAGAACAGCGAUGGACCCAGUGCUGGAUCAGACGACACUGCGGCUGGAGAGCCCCAUAGAAUUCCAGACAAGACCUCUGCUCAGAGCAGCAAGCCUAAGGAGCAGAAAGAGGUGAAAGUUGAAGUCGAGGAGACUCUCAAAGAAGACCUCAUUAAGAGUGAAGCCUCUGAGGACUCAAAGGAGCAGCAGUCUGACUCUACUGACAAGAAACCAGCCGUGGAUAUUGAGGCAGGCAAAAGGACAGCCAAGGCUAUGAAAGUGGAAAACCAGCAUGGACACAAGGCUGGCGCGAACACUGACAGUGACUCUAGCGCCACCUGCAGUGCAGAUGAAGUAGAGGAGCCGGAUACCUCAGACAAGAACAGGAUAACCUCGCCUCGGCCAAGCCUGCUGAAUUACUCCCACGACACUGUCAUAAACUCACCGCUGCAGAAGCCGAUGGACCUCAAACAGCUAAAACAGCGGGCUGCAGCCAUCCCUCCCAUUAUGCCCGAGGUGUCCCUUCAGGGAACGCCCCGCAGCGGGAAGCCUCAGGCUCCUCACCACGCCUUGGCCCUAUACCAGCAACAAAUUACAAUGGUGCAUGAAUCUGUGCAGGAGAAUAAGGCAGCGAUAAAACAGCAGCAGCAGCAGCAGCAGCAGCAGCAGCAACAGCAACAGGCUGAAAGAGAGAAGCAGCUGAGCAGCAGCCCUCGGAUCAAAACCAGGAGCCCUGCAGCCCCCAGCGACAGAGAAGAAAUCAAUGAGAACGAGAGAUGGCUGCAGACUCUGCUACAUGGAUUGCAUAAACAAUCUGCCUACUCUCCAGAAGGGAGGAAGCAGAGUGGGGAGCAGGAUUUGAGGCCUACCAACCUGUCUAGGCCCACAUUGUCGCCAUACCAGCAUUCUCCAAGAGAGAUGCCCAAAAUCUCCUCUCACCCUGAGCCUCACCUAUUGCAUUACAACCAAGGUUAUCAGACUGCGGCUCACCACAUGCCAAUAAACUUGCAGCAGGACAGCGGUGGACUGGCAGCAGUCAGACCCCUCCAAAUCCCCAACCCCCCUCCGCUCAUCUCGUCAACCAAACCCCCCGGCACGCUGGAGAGGCCGGGGGGCUCCAUCACACAGGGCACACCUGUUCAGCUUCACAGUUCGGCUUAUGUCUCUGAGCGUGGAAAGGACUCUGCAGGUUCGCUCACCCUGGGGAUGCCCUGGAUGGAUCACAAAAAAACGGUGAAACAGGAGCAGCUUUCUCCUCGCAGUCAAACGAUCCAGGCGGAGAGCAUGCUUACCCAAGAGAGCACCAUUAUCAGGGGGUCCUCCAUCUCUGCAGUGCAAGGGGGCAGCAUUACCAAGGGAAUCCCCGGUACCAGAAUCCCUCAGGAGGCACCAAUGACCUACAGAGGGUCCAUCACUCAGGGCACUCCGGCAGAGGUCCUGUACAAAGGUACCAUCGCAAGGAUAAUAACUGAAGACAGUCCCAACCGAGCAGAGCGAUCGAGAGAGGAGGCCUCGAGUAAAGGACACGUCAUCUACGAGGGAAAGAUCGGCCACAUACUGUCCUACGAUGGUGCUGGCCAGAACUCUAAAGAGGAAAGCAGGGGGCCGAGCGCCCCCCCCGAGGCGACGGGAAUGAAGCGCUCCUAUGACAUGAUGGAAGGAGGAAUCUCCAGAGGGUUACCUGUACGGGACUCCCUGUCUGUCAACUGUGAAGGGCUGAUUGGUCGAGCCAUGCCACAGGACAGACACAGUCCUCACCAGUACAAGGAUGCGCAUCACAUCCGGGGAUCAAUCUCACAAGGUAUACCUCGCCACAUGGAGCCCAUGGAGGAUUAUCUCCGAAGAGACGGCAAACAAUUAAAGAGAGAGAACACUCCUCCCCGAGGCCCGCCCCCUGAGGCUCUCAAAGGAAGGCACGAAGUUGCCACGGUGAAGGAGCCAGGCAGGUCCAUUCACGAGAUCCCGCGAGAGGAAAUGCGGCACAUUCCAGAGGUUUCCAUAGCGACAAAGCCUGCCAAAGAGGGAUCUAUUACCCAGGGCACCCCAAUGAAGCAUGACAGCAGUUCCAGUAAAAGGCACGAUGUGCGUUCGAUCAUCGGGAACCCCUCGCGGUACCACCCGAUGCAGCACCACCUGGAGAUGCUGCAGGACGCGCGGGCGCGCUACGAGGAGAGCCUCAAGGGCCGGCCCAGCGCGGUGGUCAGCACCCCGGGCUCCAUCUCCCGCGGCUCCCCGGUCAUCAUCACUGAGCCAGGCAAGGCCCACCACAGCCCCCUGGCCUACGAGGACCACAAGGCCGCACACAGGGCCGCAUUCGCUGGGCACCCCCACCGCUGCUCUCCUGUAUCGUCAAGGGAAUCCGCAGCCAGGCAGCACGAGAGCAGUGGGAUGAGUUCAGGGAAGGCUCAGUCUCAGGAGAGGAAGUCCACGCCCACACCAAGGGAGGUGAGCGCCACCAAGUCCCCCCACACCGGCGUCCAGGACCACCACCCCUCGCUGGCCUCCUACGAGCAGCUGCUGCGGGGCGUGGGUGCGGCUGAGCUGUACCGCGGGCAGAUCCCCCUGACCUUCGACCCUGCCUCCCUGCCCAGGGGCAUCCCAAUGGAACCAGCCUACUACCUUCCUCGGCACCUCGCCCCCAACCACGCCUAUGGGCACCCCUACCCGCCCUACCUGAUCCGUGGGUUCCCCGAGACGGCCGCACUGGAGAACAGACAGACCAUCCUCAACGAUUACAUCACCUCCCAGCAGAUGCACCACGCCGCAGCCGCUGCCAUGGCCCAGAGGGCCGACCUGCUGCGUGGGCUGUCGCCUCGGGAACAGGCCCUGGCUCUCUCCUACUCUGCAGGCCCGCGGGGGAUCAUUGACCUGUCUCAAGUUCCACACUUGCCUGUCCUGGUGCAGUCUAGUGCUGGUGCAUCAGCGCCCCCUAUGGAUCGGAUCACGUACAUCCCUGGAGCGCCCUCUGCCUACGGGAGUAGGCCUUACAACACCUCCCCGAUCUCACCAGGUGGGCCAUCUCACAUGACCAAAAUGCCCGGGACACCUUCGUCAGAGCGGGAACGAGAACGGGAAAGAGAGCGAGAGCGGGAGAGAGACAGGGACAGGGAGAGAGACAGGGACAGGGAGAGAGACAGGGACAGGGAGAGAGACAGGGAGAGGGAGAGGGAGAGAGACAGGGACAGAGAGAGAGACAGGGACAGGGACAGGGAGAGGGAGAAGCCUACUCCGUCUGCUGCCAACGAGAAGCAUGCCCCCAUCUGGAGACCCGGCACAGAGCAGAGCAGCGGCAGCAGCAGCAGCAGCAGCAGCAGCCACCCCCCCACACAUUCCUACAGCCUCCAGCACUCCCCGGUCUCCCCGCGCACCCAGGACAACAUCCAGCAGAGACCCAGCGUGCUGCACAAGACGCUCCCCUUGCCCACCAGCGAGUCAACCACACCCUCCGUGCUCAGGUCUAUGUCCUCAGCAGGCUCCCCAGCAGGCCGAUACACUGGGUAUAACCCCCAGCUUCAGAGACCCAUCAGCUCAGCAGAGACUUACCAGUCAGGCAUGGACCCUGCCAACGUGCCCAAAGGGGACUUAGGGAGGGGGCAUGAAGGAGGCAAGGCAGAGCGCCACCACAACAGGGCGAGCAGCAACAUCAUGAUGCCAAAGCACGCCCAAGAGCACGCAGCCUCACCCGCCAAAACUGAGCCCAGGACAUUGAUUGCCACACUGGGCGCGGGCUACAACAGCCAGUACCAACCGCAACAGGGUCGAAACCAUCAUGUACUACCCAACCAGCACCCGCACACCCUGCCCUCCUCGGACCCGGCCGCCAACGAGCACCCCAGUAGGGACAAUACUCAAAACAAAGCCGUUUCGGUUCAGGAACAGGAGCUCCGAGCACUCGGUAAGACCACCAUGACUGCGGCCAACUUCAUAAACGCAAUUAUCAUGCGUCAAAUUCCUUGCGAUAAGGGGAAGCGAGAGAGAGGCUCGCUCGCUGCCAGCUCCGCUUGUGAUGUUCAACAGAAGAUGUCUUCAGAGUCCCAUCUCCAGCAUUUCCGCACUGUACCUGAAGGGUACCAGUCACCAGGUCACCCCACACAGCAACAGCAGCCCUCCUCCUUCAAAGGGCAUCAGAGAGUCGUCACCUUGGCUCAGCACAUCAACGAGGUGAUCACGCAGGACUACACCCGUCAGUACCCCCAGCAGCUGAACUCCCAGCCCCAGCAGCAGGGCUACCCCUUCCAGAGCUCCCCAGUGCUGGACCUGAGACGCACCCCCAGUGAGCAGCUCUCCCAGCAGCAGCAGGAGCCUGGCCAGAGUGCCCGCUACACUCCGGAUGGGGCAGGCAUGGACAGGGGCCGUGACAGGUCUCCGCUGCAGAACAAGGUGUCACCAAUGAGUGGGUCAGGAGAUGGCAUUGAACCCAUCUCCCCAGCAGGGGGCCUAUCUGAGUCCGAGCAGUCCCAGGGCCCUGGCUGUCACGGGGAUCAAGGAGAUCAAUCAAUGGGCUCCCGCUCUCCGGCGAACAGCUCGCAGCCCCCAGCCUUCUUCAGCAAGCUGACGGAGAGCAACUCUGCCAUCGUCAAGUCCAAGAAGCAGGAGAUGUUCAAGAAGAUGAGCGCAGUCAGUGGAAAUGAGCCGCACUUCAACACUGGACAGCCAGGAACUGAAAUAUUCAAUAUGCCAGCUUCGACGACAGCAGGGCCAAUCAGUAAUAGAAGCCACAGCACUCCAGAACAUUCCAGUAACAACAUAGGCUUGGAGGCAAUAAUUAGGAAGGCCCUAAUGGGUAAAUAUGAUGACCAAGGGGAGGAGCGUGCCGUUGCUAUUAACACUCUGGCUGCCAGUGCAAGUGUGCCUGCUGCUAUCCCCAUUGCUGCUGCUGAUGGACAGAAUGAGGACAUUCACUCCUUGGCAGCUGGAGGGAAGCCAAAGGGCAGCGGCCGGUCGAAUAGCCGGAAAAGCAAGUCUCCGGGCCCCGGCCUGUCCGGCGGCGAGAGGCCUUCAUCCGUCUCCUCUGUGCACUCCGAGGGUGACUGCAACCGCCGGACACCACUGACCAACCGGGUCUGGGAGGAUAGGCCCUCCUCCGCAGGUUCGACUCCCUUCCCCUGCAAUCCACUGACAAUGCAACUCCCCACCGGCCUUGUAGCAGCCCCUUCGACAAUUCAGCAGGGCAGCGCUAGCGGUCCCAACAGAGUGUGGGACGAGGAACCAAAGCCACUGCUCUGCUCCCAGUAUGAGACCCUUUCGGACAGCGAGUGAGCCGCAGAGACUGCGGGUCUGCUGCAGAUUCAUCACGGACGUUGUCUGGGGAACCAGUUUUAAGAGGAGCUGGGUUUUUAUGUCCUUGCUGGCCUUAAGGGGAAGCACACACACACACACACACACACACACACACACACACACACACACACACACACACACACACACAUUAACAUUAAGGCUUUCUCUGUUCUCAAAUCAUUGGCUGUGAACUGGGACUGGCUGACCUUACUGUCAAGACGACCACAAAACAUAUGUAAAGAAUUCUGGGUAAUGAACAUGUGUUUCACCAGCCUUCCCAACAUACCUACGGGGCUGAAGCUUGCUAGUGGAAGGUACUGUAGCAACCUGUAACCCUUGAACUAAAACAGGACCAGCGAAUGCUAUUGUUUGGGUAAUUGAACAGAACUGUUGAACUCAUUCGAUUCUAAAUCAGUGUCAGUCAGUGGGGGUGGGGACAUACAUUCUCAAAGCACUGGAUUAUCAGCUCAGAUAUCUUUAACAGCUGAACAUGCAGAAGCAUAGCGAAAAUAACUGUUCCAGGAGUUUAUUCAGCACCAAAUCACCCCAAAUCCUAUUCGGUUUCAAAGGUUGGCCCUUCUAGUCUAGGGGGCAUUUACAGGUUGGUAAAGCACCUCAGCACAGGACUGAAGAGGACAGUUCUACACACCACUGUGUGUCCAGGUGGCUGCACUGUAUCAGUUACAUGGUCAACAACUGGAAGUGAUGUAAUCACUGUAUUGUAUGUAUCCUGUGGUUAGAUAAUUAAGGGUUUGAUCUAUUCUAAAGCAUCAGAGAGAUCUUCCCAAACUAAAUGAACAGUUACAGUUUGUUUUCCCUUUGUUAACCAUUACAAGAGUAGAAUGUGUGUCACGGCAGCACAGUUUUUACUGCAGUUUGUAAACGAGCUAUGCAGAAUGUUCUUCAGAGGGAGUCUAAUCAUUUUCUUGUAUAGGCACUUACUGCAAGACGUUGGUAUACUAAAUUUACAUGGUACACCGUCUGUGUAACCACUGGACACUUGUCACUGUUGCACAAUAGGUUGAAGUUAGUAGCAUUUAAAAACAGCCAGGGGGCAGUGGCAGGCUAGUUUUCUAAGGCCAUUCACAUGCUUACUUGAACUUUCCCCAGUAACAUUAAAAAAAAAAAAAAAAAAAAAAUACAGAAUAAAAUAAAUUGACCCCCUCUGCUGGUAGCAAUGUGGUAUUACAAUCUUAGCAGUGCAUGGUGUUGCACUGGCCUGUCAAUCUGAGAAACAGUUCUACGACAUGCUGUUGAACCAACGUUAUACACAUUUCUGUUUAUUAUUAUAAUUAUUAUUGUUAUUAGAAACAAAAAAAAACGUUUUGUUUAUGUACAUUUAUAAAAUAUUUUAGUGUUAAAGUGCCAUUGCUGUAACAUACACAAUACAGAAGUGAAUUUACCAAGUGACUACGCACAAGUGUUUUAAAAUGCCAAGGUGUACAUGUUUAGAGGUACUGUAUUACAAAUCUGAAGAGAUUCCCUUUUUGUUAAAUCACAAUCAUAAAUGUGAAACUGCAUCUGCAGUAGAACAAACGAACCUGUUGGAUGUUUAACUAAUGGUGUUCUAUAAAAUCAAGACUUUUCAAAAAACAGCAUCAGCACCACAGGAAGAAAAAACAAAAGGAAAGUGACUGCAGUUUGUUAAAAUAUUCAAGUGAUUAAACCUAGAGAACCAUGUGUACUGCUAAGACUUUACCUUUCUGUUAUGUAAAGACUUCUUUUUGAACGGUUCAUGCUAUAUUAUAAUUCAGAUUUCACCUGUAAGCUUGGUUUUAAUCAUCAUUUAAAAUGUAUUGUAUAUACGUUAUUGUAUCUUGCAGUCCCUGGUUUGCAAUUCACAAAAAAACAAUCUUCAAAGCCAAACUCUAAUGCAGUGUUGAAAGCGGCAGUAACAUUGUCAUUUCAAUAUCCUAACAUUCAUACAGGUGUUUUUAUUUUUAAAAGGUUAUUGUUACAAAUACGAGACUGUUGCAUCGCUGCUGAGGUGGAAAGUGUUAGGAGUGAAGUUUUCAUUUUCUUUAACUUGAAAGUUGUUUUGUUUUCAAGCAGAGCUGGCCAGUUUUAUGAUUUGGAAAAUACUGUACUGUUUAAAAAACAAAAAAAAGAAAAAAAAAAAUCUGACAAUGAUUUUGAAUUGUUCCCCCCCUCCCCCCCUCCCAUACGGUUACCUUCUUGAGAUACGUUUCCAGUCAGGCAGAAGGACUGAUCUGUUUACCCUUCAUUACUAAGCAAAUCUGUGUUGCCAAACAUCUUGUGAUCUGAUUGUUUAACCUUACCGAGGUGGAGGUUGGAUCAACAAUUGUGAUCAGUUGUGGUUAAUCCCUUGGUGCUUUACUCAGGUCCCAGAAACACUUAUCAAAUGUAGUCCUGGUCCAUGUUUUUAACCCUUUCCCUUUAGCGUAUAAAAACCCGACAAAAAACGACAGAUAACAGUUGCAAAGACCUAGCCGAAGACAGCCAUGUAGGCCGCUACAACAGCCUCAGCAAAAAAUAAAAUGGACCUCUAUCCAGUUAACUUUGUGGACUUCUUCAAAAAGAACCAUUAACCAAGUUCAACACACCUCUGGUAAACAAUACUAUGAAAUACUAUACUGUGCUAUACAGUGUUAUCUGUAACUCAGUCCUGUGAAUGAACCUGUCCUAUGAGUGAACACUUCUCUGAUACCAGGACUGUUUGGUCUUAAUGCACCGGUUGCCUGCCGACUAUCAUUGCCAUCGGAGUAGAGCGAUUAGGCUGUUUGUGUCCCGACUACAAAUCUAUAUUAUUAAAACUGGCCGCAAAGCAAAAACAUCAGUCGAAUUGAAGGGGGGAUGCUAAGGAAAUAACAGUACCAGAAACACACUGUUCAUUUUUUUCUUUUUCAAACAGUUUUCUUACUUUUAAAGUCAUUGUUUAAGCAUCUGGUUAUUUCUUUUUUUUUUUUUUUGUGGAAUGUGUCUUUUUGUGCUGCCUGCUAUUGUUUCUAUUGAUUGUGCAAUCAGACGAACGAUUUUAUGUUCGAAAGCAAAAGUGAAAAAUGUUAGUGUUAUUUUUUUUUGUAAUUAAAAUGAACGAGUAAGGCCAAUCUAUUGUCUCAACUGUACAACAAGGGGGAAGGAAAAAAAAAGUCUAUCUUUUGUACAACCAACAUUGUGCAUGUUGAUCUUUCGAACCCAGUGUAUGAUAGAAUGGAGUGUAUAUAGAACUGAAGAGAUGUACAUAUUUAUGUGGCUUGCUACAGGGUUGUUUUUCUUCAACAGAAGGAGAUUUUGUUCACUGUUUUACUCAACAUGCCCACCAGCAAGCAUUGUGGGUAGCAGUGUUUUUACACUGCCUUAAUGUUUAAAUAAAAAAGCUUAUUGCCAGCAAAGACAA